AUGCCGAUUGCGCCGGAUCGCGUCCGCGGCGCUCUCGAGACAAUACGCUCGAGGGUCGUGCGGACGCCGCUGCUCGAGUCUCCUCUUCUCAAUGAGCUCGUGCGCAGUCGCCGCGGCGUGGCAGACGCUCGCGUCUUCGUCAAGGCCGAGUGCCUGCAGCACACAGGCGCCUUCAAGUUCCGAGGAGCGCUCCACAAGCUGCUCUGCAUGGACGACGAGACCCGCGGCCGCGGCGUCUGCGCCUUCUCGUCGGGAAACUUUGCGCAGGCCGGCGCGGCCUGCCUGACUCGCCUGCCACGGCGGCCCUCUCCUCUCACCAUCGCGACGAGCGGCCGCCGGCCCCUACCGACCACGGGACUGAACCCACACCGGGUUCGUUACUCUGGAGGUGUGGUACUAGGCCGCACGCUGCUCCACCCGUUUGACGACGAGGACGUCAUUCUCGGCCAGGGCACGCUGGCGCUGGAGCUGUUUGAGCAGCACGCGGAGGCCGGCGCGGCCGGCGGCGCCGGCGGCGGCCGAGUCGCGCCGUUGUCUCGGCUGCUCGUGCCGACCGGCGGCGGCGGCAUGGCCGGCGGCUGCUGCCUCGCGAGGGAUGCUGCGAGCCCGCAGACGCAGGUGUGGGCGAUCGAGCCCGAGGGCGCUCUGAAUACUCUGUACAAUACCGUCUUCCCGCCCCGAGGUUGGUGGAUUCAGCAUGUAGGCACGCCUGCGACGACCAUCUGCGACGCGCUGCAAGCAAACGCGCCAGGUCACGUCACCUUUGCCAUCAACAGCCGCGGCCUCGCGGGCGCCGCCGCGGUCGGCGACGCCGACGUCAUCGAGGCGAUGCGGGUGGCGUUCGAGACGCUCAAGCUCGUCCUCGAGCCGAGCGGCGCGCUCGGCCUUGCGGCGCUCCUCAGCGGCCAGGUGCCGCUGCGCGACGGGGAGGGCGUGGCCGUCGUCGCGUGCGGGGGCAACGUGGCACUGCCGGACUUCCUCGGGCUCGUACAGCGUGAGAGGACGCAGUGA